ACAAGAGAACUUGUUGCCUCACUCUUACUCUCAAAUUUCCCAACUAUGAGUUACAAUAAGCUCAUUAGUUUGACUUUUCAGAAACUCAGCAAAAGAAAAUUUCAUGGCACUACCAAAACAAGUUCAACCUAUUGGGAGAAUCUUAUUGAGAAAGAUGUAAAAAUUGGAAACCCUGAAGAAAAUAAUGAGAGUGUAUCCAUAUAUAGGGUCCCACCAAACAUGUUACGUGUAGAACCAAAAGCCUACAUACCCAACAAUAUCUCAAUAGGUCCUUACCAUUAUGGAUCACAACACCUACAAGAAAUGGAAAUUCUCAAAAACAAGUUCUUUCAGCGUCUCUUUGAUAAAAAAGGUGCAAAUGGAGCCAAAUUAGAAGAUGCUUGGAAGUUUCUUGAGAAAGAAGAGAUCAAUGCUAGAAGAUGUUACAUGGGUGAAAUCAAAUUAAGCAGUGAUGAGUUUCUAAAGAUGAUGUUAGUUGAUGGUUCUUUCAUCAUUCAACUCUUGAGAGAUUUAUCAGACAACAAAUUCAAACAUGUUCCUUCUCUUAGUAGAUGGAUGUUACCAACCAUUCGUCGCGAGUUGAUAAUGCUCGAAAACCAACUUCCAAUGUUUGUUUUAACAAAAUUGUUUGAAUUAACCAAUAACAUGACCAAUAGUCCUAAACCACAAAUGAGUUUCAACACUCUUUCCUUCAAAUUCUUCUACGGUUUGCUUAAACCCGAGUCGAGAAAAACCCCUAAAUGUCAAACAUCUUACAAGUAUAAAGUUGAACAUGUUCUUGAUCUUCUUAGAUACAACAUAAGACCGAAACUCAUCGGCGAAGAGCUGAGAGGACGUCAGAGCGAGAUGAUUCAUUCAAUAACCGAACUAAAAGAAGGGGGUGUGAAAAUUAAAGCUUGUGAGAAUAGAGAAUUGUUGGAUAUAAGCUUUGGAAAAAAAUGGGGAGUUAUGAUAAAGCAACUAACUAUUCCUCCAUUGUACAUUGGUGAUCAUAGAGGAACCGUGUUUCGUAACAUCGUUGCAUUCGAGAAAUGUCACAAGAGAUGCAACCCAGACAUGACAAAUUACAUGUUUUUCUUAAACGGACUCAUAAACUCGACCAACGAUGUUUCUGUUCUUCAUUAUAAAGGGAUUAUUCAUCAUUCUUUAGGGAGUGAUGAACAUGUGGAAGAACUAAUCAACAACAUAACUAAAGAUAUAGUUCCUGAUAUGAAUGAGUCAUAUUUAUACAAAGUUGUGAAUGAUGCAAAUGAUUAUUUGAGUUCUUGGCGUGCAGGAUUGAGAGUUGCAAUUGUGCACAACUAUUUAACUAGCUGGGCUGUGGGACUUUCAACCUUUGGGGCUUUUUUGGCUCUUUACUUUACAUUCAUACAAGCAAUUUGUGAGAUUAAGAACACAUUCAGUACAAUGAAGGAAGCCAAGUUCAGUUCAGUGUUCAAAGGUUUGUUCAUUCUUCCAUUUGAUGACCCUCCUCACUCUCCAGAAAUCCAUCAUGUAGGUAAGGAUCAUGAUGUCUCCACUAGGAGUGCUUCUUAAAAUUCCAUCUUUUUCACUAUCUUUUCAAUAAGUCGGUCCUAGUUUACUCUUCCAUUUUCUUCAUUGAGAGGAAGGUUUAGGAUAAAUUUUUGACACAAAAUCACCUAUUUCCAUCUUUAUCUCCAUAUUUUAGUCUAAAUUAGUAAGUUUUACAUAGAUCUAGUUUUUUUCCCUUGUGAUUUCGUUGUCAAAGGGUGAUGUUGUGUUUUGCAGCGUUGUAUGAUUUUCUAUCUUGUUGCGGUGUUCGUUUGGUUUCUAGUGAAAAACUCUCAUCAAUUAUCAUAUUAUUUGUAA